AUGUCGAACUUUACCUGGUACAACAGUGAGUCCAGGGACCAGCUGAAGCAGUGUUUCUCCAGGCGGCCCCCCGAGGCCAAGGACACCGACACCCUCGUGCAGGAAGCCGACAGCCAGUAUGGGACAUGGACAGACCAGCGCCAGAGCGGGGAGAGUCUGGCCCCCGAGUCCCCGUCCCCGGACAGCAGUGCCGUGUCGGCCCGGAAGCAGCUCCCCAGCAGCCGCUUGUCCUCACUGUCCUCCCAAACGGAGGCCACCUCGGCCGGGGACCAGCACAGCUGCUCCAGAGACCAGCGGAGCACCAGCGUGGACCAAUCCAGUACCGAUUUGGAAUCCACGGAUGGGAUGGAGGGGCUGCCUCCGCCAGACCCCUGCCCCGUGAAGAGGGUGGACGACUUCUCCUUCAUUGAUCAAACCUCAGUCCUCGACUCAAGUGCCCUCAAGACCCGGGUGCAGCUCAGCAAGAGAAGCCGCCGCCGGGCUCCCAUCUCCCACUCCCUCCGGCGCAGCCGAGUCAGUGAGUCGGAGAGCAGGUCUCCUUUGGAGGAGGAGGCUGACAACGUGUGGAUGUUCAAGGACUCAACAGAAGAGAAAUCUCCCAGGAGGGAAGAGUCCGAUGAGGAGGAGGAGAAGCCCUCCAGGGCUGAGAGGACCCCCACCAGCCAUCCGCAGAGGAUGCCUGUGUUUCCAGGCAUGGACCCGGCAGUGCUAAAGGCUCAGCUGCACAAGAGGCCAGAGGCUGACAGUCCCAGUGAGGCCCCAGGCUGGGCCCCCCAGCCCAAGACCCCCAAGUCCCCCUUCCAGCUGGGCAGUCGCGUGCUGCCCUCCAGCAUGGAGAAGGACGACAGGUCAGAAGAGCCCUCUCCCCAGUGGUUAAAGGAGCUAAAAUCCAAGAAGAGGCAAAGCCUGUAUGAGAACCAAGCUUGAGCAGACAAGGGUCACUGCCACAUCUAACGAACAGAAGCCUUAACUGUCAGAACCCGAAGAUGAGGCCACACUGAUGCCAUUCCUUCCUGCACAAGGCUCCCUCCCUGGGCCCUUCCAGUGGGGUGGAGAACACGGCCCCGUGCCUCCUGCCUCUCCACAGGCUCCCCUCCCCCGCCGCCGAUCGGGGCGCGAAGACCCGCCCUCCUCAAGCCCUUGCAUGUCUCCGCAGACAACACUUGAGGCUGAGGACGAAGCCAGGCUGCCCAGAAUUGUCCAUGCUGGUGGUUUUGUGUUUUAUGUGAACACUGUGCAUUUCUACCCACCGUAGACAUCACUCUGGGACCGUCAGUCUGAGGCUGGACCAUCUCCCCGGGUUCUGGAAAACACCUGUAUUAUGAGGGCACCUCUCCCCUCGCCACCCCCACCAACCCCCACCAGGGCAGGUCCUUUCAAAAGCCUGUUUCCAAGGAAGAAGAGACUCCGUUUCCUGCUGUGACUGUGGCCCAAGGCAGGGUCAUGGGGUUGGGUUGUGAUUGCUUUAUGGGCCAGUUCCACCUCCUUCCCUCUCCCAAGAAUCAGCAGCUCCAAUUUUUUAAACAUA